GUGGACUGGCCCAAGAGAGUCCACUGGGAGACCCACUACAUCUUGGACCACAAACCCCCCUAAAUCCUCCCUAUACACCCACACACUGCUAGGGCUCUAAUGAAAAGAGGCAGCCUGGUUUUAGGCAGCCUGUCAGGGGAUUAAUAUCUAAGCAUCAAGCUGGCACACAGAAGGGUAUUUUUUUUAUAUAACAGUUUUAGCCCCAGCUGUGGUUUAGGACCCAGGGGAGGCAGUUUGAGUUGACAAACUUCUUGACUAAUGGCCAAUCGCCGAGCAGCCAUGAGAGAGGGAGGUCAGCCGGACCUGUUCUAUCCUGACAGUGACCCCCAGGGCCGAUCAACCUCCGUGCCUCCAAGUUGCAGCUGAAUCAAUGCUUCUGCCCGGGGAGAGUUGGCCAGCCAACGGUUCCAGGACAGCACUGGUCUUGUCCCAGAACCCCCCAAAAUGCCUCAUUUUGUGAAACUCCUUCUACUUAUUUUAUGGCUGAUCCUUCUUGGGGAGAGCAAGAAGCACAGGAGGAGAAGAUGGGCAGAGCAGCUGGAGAUCCCCAAGUUCAGUCACAUAUUCAAGAAGAAUCAUGACAUAACUAAAACACAAAAAGGAAAGACCGAACAGCUCCUGAGAGUAGAUGAUCAUGAUUUUACAAUGAGGCCAGCCUUCGGAGGCCCUGCAAUUCCGGUUGGGGUGGAUGUGCAGGUAGAAAGCUUGGACAGCAUUUCAGAAGUCGAUAUGGACUUUACCAUGACUCUCUACCUCCGGCACUACUGGAAGGAUGAACGCCUUUCAUUUCCCAGCACUACUAACAAGAGCAUGACGUUUGACGGCCGGCUGGUGAAAAAGAUCUGGGUUCCCGACGUCUUCUUUGUUCACUCCAAAAGGUCUUUCAUUCACGACACCACCACCGAAAACAUCAUGCUUAGGGUGUUCCCAGAUGGCCACGUUCUCUACAGCAUGAGGAUUACAGUAACUGCAAUGUGUAACAUGGACUUCAGCCAUUUUCCCUUGGACACACAGACCUGUUCUUUGGAGUUGGAAAGCUAUGCCUACACAGAUGAAGAUCUGAUGCUCUAUUGGAAAAAUGGGGAUGAAUCAUUAAAAACUGAUGAGAAGAUUUCGCUGUCUCAGUUUCUCAUUCAGAAAUUCCACACCACUUCCAGGCUUGCUUUCUACAGUAGCACGGGGUGGUACAACCGCCUGUACAUCAACUUCACUUUGCGUCGCCACAUCUUCUUCUUCUUGCUCCAGACCUACUUCCCUGCCACCCUGAUGGUCAUGCUGAGCUGGGUGUCCUUCUGGAUCGAUCGCAGAGCGGUGCCUGCCAGGGUCUCCUUGGGUAUCACAACGGUCCUGACUAUGUCGACCAUCAUCACGGGCGUGAACGCCUCCAUGCCCCGCGUGUCCUACAUCAAGGCCGUGGACAUCUACCUCUGGGUCAGUUUCGUGUUCGUGUUCCUCUCGGUACUUGAAUACGCAGCGGUGAACUACCUGACCACCGUCCAAGAGCGCAAGGAGAGGAAGCUGAGGGACAGGUUCCCUUGCAUGUGCGGAAUGCUUCAUUCAAGAACCAUGAUGCUGGAUGGGAACUACAGUGAAUCUGAAGCUAACAGCCUGGCCGGGUAUCCGAGAGGCCAGAUAGUGACUGAGGAAGAAAGGCAGGACAAGAUAGCGGUUCACUUGGCCCUGAGCAAUGAAACAAACUCAUCCCGGAAAAAAGGCCUAAAAGGACACGUAGGCCGACGCCUCAUCCAAAAUACCCAUUCCAUUGACAAAUAUUCCAGAUUGAUAUUCCCUGCCUCCUUCAUAUUUUUCAACUUGAUAUAUUGGUCUGUCUUUUGCUAGACGUGCAGCAGCCAAGGUUGGGAGAGGCCAGAGACAUUUACAACUCAGCUAGGGGCUCACAUGGUCUACCGUGGACCUCUAAGAGCAGAAAGUACUGGACAGUAGUCCCACAGCGGGUGAAGUUGCCCCCAUCAUAGCUCCCAGACAGUUUGCCAUAUUAAGUUCUGCCACAAGCUCAUUUUUUGGGCUUUUAUGCUCUGUGUUCUGUCCUACCUCCCUUUCCUGCAAGUACUGAGCAAUUGUCUAUAUACACAUCUUCUAUAUCUGUAUUUAAGUCUAGUUGCUGACCUAGGCUACUCAGUUUCCGAAACAAAAGGAUCAAAUUUAAUCAAACCCUUUGAGAUUUAUAUUGUCUAAGAGUGUCACUGACAAGACUCAGGUGGUGAAGGGAGGCAGAUGGAGAGGGCUUUGGGUAAUCUGGUGACACCCGGGUA